UGUUGUGUGUGAUAGCAGCUUUAUUUAUUUAGCUAUACGUCUAAUAAUAAAUGAUAAAGCUGAAUAGGAAAGUUAGAUAAGGGAUAUGUUCUAGAGUGCAGGGCAAAGCCACUGUGAAAUCAUGAUAAUUCUAAAAAGUGAAGGUUCUCCAAGUCUCUGUUGCCAACAGAGUUACAGCUGAAUGCUCCUGGAAGGGAAAUGGAGGGUAUGGUUUUUUGGUGCUGGCUCCUCUUGUAGCUUCUCUCUUCAUCUUCCAGUUUGAAUUGUGCUUUUAAUGCCUGCUGGGGAGAGCGGUGGAGAAAAACGAUGAGAUCGAAGGCAGGUGAGGGGGGCACUCAGUCCUUCAUCCUUUUAUUAUAGAGAUGAAGCCUGAUUCACAGACCUAGGUCUUCUGUUAGGGGAACCUUUGUGGGACCCAGAAUAGCCACUCCAACUUUUUCUACAAUCAGGGUACCCCUGACGAAGGAAAGACGAAUGAAGACCCAGAGCGCUUAGUUUCAGCAGUUUUAAAUGAAAAGGGGAAACCUUGUUUCCUAACAUGAGUAUAUGGCUUCCAAAACACAUGGAGAGAGCUGUAAGUUUCAUUUUCAGAAGGCUCAUACUGUGCAUUUAAAAAAUGAUUCAUUUGGACAUACGCUUUUUCGUAUUAAUCGGACAACUCCAUUAGAAAACUUAAGGAGGAUUUUGCAUUUCUUUUUCAAAGUUACUUGGAGCAGGCACUUGAGAAAUUAUUGUACAGAGAGAUUAACAGGUGCUAAAUCAACAGGUUAAACAUUGAAACUUGAAGACUGUUUUAUUCAGUGUGCGUUGAGAGGGUAGUUGGCACUAAAAGCAAGACUUGGAAAGCAUUUUCAGUGCCUGAGGAAGGCUUGCUGCCUUAGAUGGGGCUUUAUGCAUUUAACUGCUCUGAGAAAUUGCAGACUGUGAAUAUUAGACGUGGAACAUGCGGUCACAGCGUCCUUUCACUUGGGUCCAUGAAAACACAGUGGAUUUGGAACAAGGAAAAGACCAAAAUUGUUGAGCCCUUGGACUAUGAGAAUGUUAUCGCCCAACGAAAAACCCAGAUUUACAGCGACCCCCUCAGAGACCUGCUUAUGUUUCCGAUGGAAGAUAUAUCUAUCUCAGUGAUAAAUCGUCAGCGCAGAACAGUGCAGUCCACUGUACCAGAAGAUGCUGAGGAAAGGGCCCAGAGUUUGUUUGUCAAAGAGUGUAUUAAAACCUAUAGCACAGAUUGGCAUGUGGUAAACUACAAGUAUGAAGACUUCUCUGGGGACUUUCGAAUGUUGCCAUGCAAGUCUCUGAGACCAGAAAAGAUUCCCAAUCAUGUAUUUGAGAUUGAUGAGGACUGUGAGAAAGAUGAGGAUUCAUCUUCUUUAUGUUCUCAGAAAGGCGGUGUGAUAAGACAAGGCUGGUUGCAUAAAGCAAAUGUAAAUAGCACCAUCACGGUUACCAUGAAGGUAUUCAAGAGACGGUAUUUUUACUUAACUCAACUUCCUGAUGGUUCAUAUAUUCUCAAUUCCUAUAAAGAUGAGAAAAAUUCAAAAGAAUCUAAAGGUUGCAUCUACUUGGACGCCUGCAUUGACGUUGUUCAGUGCCCGAAAAUGCGCCGUCAUGCUUUUGAACUCAAGAUGUUAGAUAAGUACAGCCAUUAUCUGGCUGCUGAAACUGAGCAGGAAAUGGAGGAGUGGUUGAUAACUUUGAAAAAGAUCAUUCAGAUCAAUACGGACAGUUUAGUGCAAGAGAAAAAAGAGACGGUAGAAACAGCACAAGAUGAUGAAACUAGCAGCCAAGGAAAAGCCGAGAACAUCAUGGCCAGUUUGGAAAGGAGCAUGCAUCCGGAACUGAUGAAGUAUGGAAGAGAAACUGAACAGCUAAACAAACUCAGUAGAGGAGAUGGAAGACAGAAUCUCUUUUCUUUUGAUUCGGAAGUUCAGAGGUUGGACUUUUCAGGAAUUGAACCCGAUAUAAAGCCAUUUGAGGAAAAGUGCAAUAAACGUUUCCAAGUAAAUUGCCAUGAUUUAACAUUCAAUGUCUUGGGUCAAGUUGGAGACAAUGCCAAGGGACCGCCCACGAACGUUGAACCGUUUUUUAUCAGUCUUGCCUUAUUCGAUAUAAAGAACAAUUGUAAGAUUUCAGCUGACUUCCACAUAGACCUGAACCCCCCAUCUGUCCGUGAGAUGCUGUGGGGUGCUUCAACCCAACCGGCCAGUGAUGGAAAUGCAAAAGGUUCCUCACCUGAGUCUGUCAUUCAUGGAAUUGCUGAAUCUCACUUACGCUACAUAAAGCAGGGAAUUUUCUCAGUGACAAAUCCACAUCCUGAAAUUUUCCUAGUUGCAAGAAUUGAGAAGGUGCUCCAGGGAAACAUUACGCACUGCGCAGAGCCCUACAUCAAAAAUUCAGACCCAACAAAGACAGCCCAGAAGGUGUACAGGACAGCUAAGCAAGUGUGUAGCCGCCUUGGACAGUACAGAAUGCCCUUUGCUUGGGCUGCCAGACCCAUUUUCAAAGAUACUCAAGGCUCUCUGGAUCUGGAUGGGAGAUUUUCUCCUUUUUAUAAACAAGACAGUAGCAAGCUUUCAAAUGAGGACAUUCUCAAGUUGCUCUCAGAAUACAAGAAGCCAGAGAAGACCAAACUGCAGAUUAUUCCUGGGCAGCUGAACAUCACAGUAGAGUGUGUUCCUGUGGAUUUAUCAAAUUGUAUUACUUCUUCCUAUGUGCCCCUGAAGCCUUUUGAAAAGAAUUGUCAAAAUAUUACUGUGGAGGUUGAAGAGUUUGUUCCAGAAAUGACAAAAUAUUGUUAUCCAUUUACUAUUUACAGAAACCAUCUGUAUGUAUAUCCCUUGCAAUUAAAAUAUGAUAGCCAGAAAACAUUUGCCAAGGCGAGGAACAUCGCUGUUUGUAUGGAAUUCCGGGAUUCAGAUGAAAGUGAUGGUGGCCCUCUGAAGUGUAUUUAUGGAAAACCUGCAGGAUCUGUUUUUACCACAAAUGCUUAUGCUGUCGUCUCGCAUCACAACCAAAAUCCAGAGUUCUACGAUGAGGUUAAAAUUGAGCUUCCCAUUCACCUGCAUCAAAAACAUCAUGUGCUUUUCACUUUCUACCAUGUAAGCUGUGAAAUUAGCACGAAGGGAACAACCAAAAAGCAGGACACAGUUGAAACUCCAGUCGGCUUUGCCUGGUUCCCUUUGCUGAAGGACGGUAGAAUCAUCACAUUUGAGCAGCAGCUGCCAGUUUCAGCCAAUCUUCCCCCGGGCUACUUGAAUCUGAAUGAUGGCGAAUCAAGAAGGCAGUCUAAUGUGGAUAUUAAGUGGGUAGAUGGUGCAAAGCCUUUGUUGAAGAUUAAAAGCCACCUAGAGUCUACCAUUUACACUCAAGAUCUGCAUGUGCACAAAUUCUUCCAUCACUGCCAGCUGGUUCAGUCAGGCUGGAAAGAAGUUCCAGGGGAGCUCAUUAAAUAUUUAAAGUGUUUGCAUGCCAUGGAGAUCCAGGUCAUGAUACAAUUUCUACCUGUAAUUCUUAUGCAACUCUUCCGAGUUCUCACAAAUAUGACCCCUGAAGAUGACGUUCCUAUCAACUGUACCAUGGUUCUCUUACAUAUUGUCUCUAAGUGCCACGAAGAAGGCUUGGAUAGUUAUUUAAGAUCCUUCAUAAAGUAUAGCUUCCGACCUGAGAAACCGAGUGCCCCUCAGGCCCAGCUGAUACAUGAAACUCUGGCUACUACGAUGAUAGCAAUAUUGAAACAGUCUGCAGACUUUUUAGCAAUAAACAAACUACUAAAGUACUCAUGGUUUUUCUUUGAAAUUAUUGUGAAGUCUAUGGCCACAUACUUGUUGGAAGAGAAUAAAAUUAAGCUUCCCAGAGGCCAGAGAUUUCCUGAGGCGUAUCAUCAUGUCUUACAUUCAUUGCUCCUUGCAAUAAUUCCCCAUGUGACUAUUCGCUAUGCGGAGAUCCCUGAUGAGUCUAGAAAUGUCAAUUAUAGUUUGGCCAGCUUCCUAAAGCGGUGUUUCACGCUAAUGGAUAGAGGAUUUGUUUUCAAUUUGAUAAAUGACUAUAUAUCUGGAUUCAGCCCCAAAGAUCCUAAGGUUCUGGCUGAAUACAAGUUCGAAUUUCUGCAAACAAUCUGCAAUCAUGAGCAUUACAUUCCUCUGAAUUUGCCAAUGGCAUUUGCAAAACCUAAACUUCAGCGAGUUCAAGAUUUUUUUUCAUUUGCGGUGGACCGUUUGACUUCAGUAGAUUCAAAUCUUGAGUACAGUUUAUCAGAUGAGUAUUGCAAACACCACUUCUUGGUUGGUCUACUUCUGAGGGAAACCUCCAUUGCUCUUCAAGACAAUUACGAGAUCAGAUAUACAGCUAUCUCUGUCAUAAAGAAUCUGUUGAUAAAGCAUGCGUUUGAUACUAGAUAUCAGCACAAGAACCAGCAAGCCAAAAUAGCACAAUUGUACCUCCCAUUUGUUGGACUGCUUUUGGAAAAUAUACAGCGCUUGGCAGGUCGAGAUACCUUGUAUUCCUGUGCAGCCAUGCCUAAUUCUGCAUCCAGGGAUGAGUUUGCAUGUGGCUUCACUUCACCGACAAAUAGAGGGAGUCUGAGCGCUGACAAAGACACUGCUUACGUGUCUUUUCAAAACGGACAUGGAAUUAAGAGGGAAGAUUCAAGAGGUUCCCUUGUCCCCGAAGGAAUGACAGGAUUUCCAGAUCAGGGCAGCACGGGUGAAAACACCCGACAGAGUUCUACAAGGAGUAGUAUAUCCCAGUAUAACCGAUUGGAUCAAUAUGAAAUUAGAAGCCUCUUGAUGUGCUAUCUGUAUAUAGUAAAGAUGAUUUCUGAAGAUACUCUCUUAACUUACUGGAAUAAAGUAUCUCCUCAGGAGCUCAUAAACAUUCUCAUACUACUAGAAGUAUGUCUGUUUCAUUUUAGAUACACGGGGAAAAGAAACAUAGCAAGGGUGCAUGAUGCCUGGCUGUCAAGACACUUUGGAGUAGACCGAAAAUCGCAAACCAUGCCGGCUCUUCGAAACCGAUCAGGAGUAAUGCAGGCCCGGCUUCAGCAUCUUAGUAGCCUGGAAAGUUCAUUUACACUUAAUCACAGUUCUGCAACAACCGAAGCAGACAUUUUUCAUCAGGCCCUUCUUGAAGGCAAUACUGCUACUGAAGUUUCCCUAACAGUGCUAGAUACCAUAUCGUUUUUCACCCAGUGCUUCAAGAAACCACAUAAAAUCUAUCAGGAAAUAUUCCUAUGGCAACACCCCAAUCAUCUGCAGCUGAAACAACCAGCAACACAGCAGGCUCCAAGUCCUUGGGCAGAAGUCAGUGAAAGUCCAUAGAGGCCAACCAGCUUCAAAGAGUUGAAGACAAGUUCUUUGAAACACCAGACCAAUGACACUGCCACGCAGACCUUGAGACUAAAGAAACUGAGUAGUUAGAAAGUCAAUGGUGUAACAACUCUUGCCAGGUAGAUGGAAUACGGAAGAGUGAACACAGAGAGAGAGGUAGAGCACAGUAAGGAAAGGGGGAAAGAGGGCAAGCAAAGAACACAACGCUGACAAGAGGAAGAAGGCAGGAUAGGUAAAACCAAGGCAAACAAGGUGCAGUGAAUUAGAAAAUUCAGAACACACCAAGACCAUGCUGAUUAAGUAGGGGAGGAUUGUGGCUCCUCAGCUUCUUUACAUACUUGAAAACAAAUGUAGGACAGAUCACAAACAUGUAGAUGAACUAAUAGUGUUCAUCUUAGAACUAGAAUUAAAACAAUAUUUUUUCUUAAAUGUAUGUAGCUAAUACAUUACAAUUUAGGAAUCCAAAAUCUGGAUUUUCUGAUAGCCAAAAAUCAAAUUAUAAAACAAGACUUUGUUUUCUUACAUUCCUCAAUUUACCAAAGUCAUUUGAAAAUAAAGCCACAUGUUUAACAAGUGUUGGCGACCAACUUUUAAUAAUACUUUUUUAUUUUCAGAAACAUAUGCUAACCAUCAACAACAUGAUCAGGGUCCCACUGCCCCAGAUGUUAUUUCAUUGGUACAUUAUAUCAAUAUUUACAAAGGCUUUCAAAUUCAACAACACAAAACAAAACAGCUUAAUUUUUCAAACUACAAUGCUUUAAAAAAAUGUAAACAGUUCAUUUUUACAUUAU